AACUGGAAUGGUUCUGAAAACCCAAAACACCAUGAAAGAAUCAUCCUGUUCCUCCACCGCAGCUGGCUUCGUUCAUCCUCACCUCCGGCCAAUCGUGGCCAAGAUGUCUCUCUUUGACCGUAUCUUGUUCUAUGUUAUACAUGUGAUGGAUAAGUUGGGGUUAUGGCAUAGGCUACCGGUUUUAUUGGGGCUGGCUUACCUUGGGCUCAGACGGCACUUGCACCAGCGUUACAAUCUUCUACAUGUGGGCGGAGUCAGUGGCCGGAGAUACGACACUGAAGAGUAUUCUUACCGGACGGCCGACGGGAAAUGCAACCAUCCCAGUGACGACUUGAUCGGCAGUCAGGGAACUUUCUUUGGUCGGAACAUGCCUCCCUCAACUUCACACUACAAGUUGCUUGAUCCCCACCCCACAGUUGUAGCAACAAAGCUUUUGGCAAGGAAGAAGUUCAAAGAUAAUGGGAAACAAUUCAAUUUGAUUGCUUGCUCCUGGAUACAGUUUAUGAUUCAUGAUUGGAUUGAUCAUUUGGAGGAAACCCAGCAGGUGGAAAUUAGAGCUCCUGAUAGUGUUGCAGAAAAAUGCCCAUUGAAAUCAUUCAAGUUUCUCAGAAGUAAAGAAGUCAAAACGGGUUCAGCUGAUGUGAAGACUGGCUUCUUGAAUACAAGGACUCCUUGGUGGGAUGGGAGUGUAAUUUAUGGGAAUAACGAGGAGGGCAUGAGAAGAGUAAGAGCAUUCAAAGAUGGAAAGCUAAAGAUCUCAGAGGAUGGACUCCUUCAACAUGAUGAAAAAGGAAUCCCAAUCUCUGGAGAUGUUCGAAAUUGUUGGGCUGGCUUCUCCCUUCUGCAAGCUUUAUUUGUCAAAGAACAUAAUACUGUCUGUGAUAUGCUCAAAGAACACUACCCUGACUUUGAUGAUGAGAAGCUAUACCAACAUGCCAGAUUAGUGACUUCAGCAGUCAUUGCUAAAAUCCAUACAAUUGAUUGGACUGUUGAGCUCCUAAAGACUGACACUCUUCUAGCAGGGAUGAGGAUAAACUGGUAUGGGUUUUUGGGAAAGAGAUUCAAGGAUUUGUUUGGUCACAUUUGUGGACCAAUUCUAAGUGGAUUGGUGGGUCUUAAACGGCCAAGAGAUCACGGAGUUCCAUAUUCCUUGACUGAAGAAUUUGUAAGCGUCUAUAGAAUGCAUUCACUUCUUCCUGAUACACUCCUUCUUAGAGACAUUAAUUCUACUGCAACUUCAGAAGAGUAUUGCCCACCAGUCCUAAAAGAGGUGCCCAUGAAGGAGAUGGUGGGGCUAGAGGGUGAGAAAAGGCUUUCAAGAAUUGGAAUGGAGCAGAUGAUGGUCUCAAUGGGCCAUCAAUCAUGUGGAGAAGUAACACUGUGGAAUUAUCCAUCAUGGAUGAGGAACCUUGUCGCCCAUGAUAUCAAUGGAGAGGAUAGAGCAGACCCAGUUGAUAUGGCUGCCUUAGAGGUUUAUAGGGACAGAGAAAGAGGAGUGGCUCGAUAUAAUGAGUUCAGAAGGAAUUUGUUGAUGAUCCCUAUUAGUAAAUGGGAAGAUUUGACAGAUGAUGAAGAAGUUAUUGAAGCACUCCGUGAAGUAUAUGGACAUGACAUUGAGAAGCUUGAUCUGCUUGUGGGUCUUCAUGCAGAGAAGAAGAUCAAAGGAUUUGCCAUUAGUGAGACUGCAUUUUUCAUUUUCCUUCUCAUAGCAUCAAGGAGGCUGGAAGCAGACCGUUUCUUCACAACCAAUUUCAACUCGCAAACCUACACCGAGCAAGGCUUAGCAUGGGUUAACAAAACAGAGACCUUGAAGGAUGUAAUUGAUCGGCAUUACCCUGAAAUGACAAAGAAAUGGAUGAGAAGCACAAGUGCUUUUUCAGUUUGGGAUUCGAUGCCCAACCCAACAAACUACAUACCCCUCUAUCUGCGUCCAGCUCCCUGAGUUGUUUUAAUUUGUCUUCUGAUGAGAGAGAUUGGUUUUCCAAUCUUUUGCUAUUUUAAAAGUAAAACAAGAAAGUGUACUUG